CAGGCCGUCUAAGACGCAACAAGUCACCGCACCAGCUCCAAAGUUCCAACAUAAAGUACGAAACAUUAACCAGCCGACAACCACUUUCCUGUAAUUUGUUCACAAAACGGGUUGUAAGCGACAAGCGACGCGCAAAUCAAAGUUUCGACUCGGAAUUCAAACGAUUCCAAACUCGGAUUGAAAAUCGCCCACAAUAAAAUUACAUGCUUUAGACUUCGACAUCAGUCGUUCAAAACAAACAAAAAAAAAACGCCAAUAAUCACAGCUAGUGGACGGACGUCUGGCUAAGGAAAAGCAAAGGAAACCUUUGACUUGCAGAACUUUUGUCGCCCAUUUGAUCUGCAUUCCUUGGCAGAAACGGGCCAUCGUGCUCUGGCAAAGUGACAAACAAACAAAGUGGCAAAGUGUGGUGGAAAGAUAGGUGGUGAUCGGUGAUCAGCAGCUGUUGGUCAAUUGGUCGCUCGAUUGGAAUUUAGUGUUAAUUUCAUAAUCAAAGUACGCGCCCGACCGGUUGUUCGGACUGAAGUCUACCACUCUCGAUCGGAAUGCCAGUUGGCCUUUGAAUGUUGGUUGGUUUGCUAAAAACAAAAAAGAAAAAAAAAACAUAAAAUAAUAAAUAAAAUACAAAAUAACCACAGCGAAUAAAAACCCCAUCAUAAAAGACAUCUAAAGAAGCAAGAAAAGAGCAAUAGCAACAACAAUAACAAAAACAAAAGCAAAAAACCAAGUGGAAAUAGUUAAAGUUGAUCCAGCAUUGGGCCUGUGGUGGUAGUAAAUAAAGUAACGACGCUCUGCGAUUGUCGUGAUCUCGUCUUGGCCUGAGCGUAGCUAGUCGGCUUUGCUUGAAUUGCUGUCUGGCUGAAUGGCUGGUUGGCCGUCUUGUUGUGUGACUCGUUAACGGAUGCAGUAGCGGACUGUGUGUUUCAAUGAAAUCGCUUUUCGAUAUUUAAAAAGCUCAUCAUUUUGCCAUUUCUCGUUCGGCUGCCAAAGAAAUCGAAAGUGAGUGCCAGGCAAGCGCACCACAAAACCGAACUGCCAGACUAAACUAUAACACAAUCUGCCGACCGUCGCGCAGUGCAUCUUGAUACAGUGCAAAAAAAUAAUAAGAAGACAAAAAAAAAAAACAAAAAAAAAAUCAAAAAAAAUAAAUAAAAUUGCACACUCCAAUACAAAAUAAAAAGUCAAUGUCUGAAUCUGAAUCGACGGCACCCAUAACCCCUCCAACUCACCACCUCCAGUGAAACUACCAAAAACGAUAAAUAUUUUUGCUGUUUGAAAAACAUUUGACGUUCCGUUAUUGACAAUUGGCAAUUGGCGAUCGGCAAUUUGCAAUUGUCAAAGUGAAAGUACGAGCACGAGUACUUGAGGAGACCGCAGCAACCGCAGCAACGACAACGGCGUUGUUUCCUUUCCUUUCGUUGACACGAAGACGAGCAGCACUCACUAGUAGCACAGGUGAUUCCGCAGCAGCAACUAGUUCCAGCCGCUAAACCUGCCGCGUAGACUACACUCCGAAAAUGAUUUUCAAAACAUUUUUCAUAUGCCUAUUGGCAACGGCAUGCCUGGCCGACAACUCUGUAGAGUCAUCGGUAAUGUCCGAUGGAGCAGCUGGAGCGGCGUUUGAAACAUCACACAAACGUCCUGGCGAUUUCGGCGAUGAGGGCUUCCAAACUGCCCAUCGAAUCUCCCAUUAUGACGUGGAAAAUAUGAAUCUUUUGCCGACCAAAGAGAAGCCCGAACUGAAUCCCAUUCUGAGUGCCCUCAUCAAUGAGGAUGUCAUGAAGAGCAUUGAGGCCAAGAGGGCUAUCGAAGAAGCCGAACUGGAGAUUGUCAAGUCCGAAAUAGCUGCCCAAGAGGCCAAAGUGAAGGCUGAAGCUGAGCAAAGUACCGAAAUGCCUCUGGCAGUUCUGACAACAAUGGCGCCCAGCAAGAAGGCUGCACUCGACACAGACGAUGAGAUCAACGUCGGUUUCGUCGACCAAGCGAUUGCUUUGGACACAGCCGGUUCGGAAAAUAACAAAAAGUCGCGGAUCGAAAUCAAAAAGGGUCCCAACGGUCAGGACUAUGAAUAUGAAUACGUCUACUAUUACGAAGAAGAGGAUGAUGACAAGGAUAAGGAGAAGGACAAGGGGGAGGAGGAGGCUGAAUCACGAGGCAAGUCACGCUACACCAACAUUGAACGUAGCACCGCCGCCACCCCCAGUGACAACAGCCUGGUGUCCGGCAAGGCCAAGGGUCGCUCAUCCAAUGUCGAGGAGAGCAUCGAGACCGAACGUCUGCCACACAACACCCGCUUCCCCAGCCGCGGCAAGGCUGCUGAUGUGGCCCCAACCCCCGCCAUCGACUCAGUUGACUCUGCUGCCGAGAAGAAGAAAAUCAGCGUCAAACGUCCCAGCCUAGAAUUGGUGGACAGUGAAACCUUCAACACGGACGAGAAACAAGCCAAGGGCUCUCGCAACGCGGACGACACCAAGACCGCCAUUGCCAUCGAACAGGAAAUGGCCGCAGCUCAAGCUACAAAGGAUGCUGAAGAAGCCGAGUCUGCCAAGACGAAAACCGAAGAUGACGAGGCUAUGAUGGGCGACGACGAGGACAUCGAACAAACCACCCCCGCCAUGGAGAAGGCAGCAUUCGAUCUGUACGCCAUUUUGGCCAAUGAGAACAACAACAUGGAAAUGACCACAGACUCCGACAUGGACAUGGAUGUGACCACAACAAUGCCCGACACCACAGAUAUGUAUGGCGAAGAGAUGAUGACCACCAUGGCCGAAGAGGAGCCCAGCACAACAACCACGACAACUACCACGACCACAACACCUGAGCCCACCACUACAACAACAACCACCACAACGACAACAACAACAACACCAGCACCAUUGUUCGGUGGCAAACGGGCAGGACUUAAUGGUCCAGGCCGUAACCGUUUCAAGUUGAAAUCAGGCGGAGCAUCCACUACAACAACUACAACCGAGGCAACAUCUGCAGCUGAAGCACCAAAAACUGGCAAAAAUCGUUUCUCGCGUCCCUCAAUUGGCGGUCGUACUCGUCCUGGUGUUAGAACCACAGCAGCUCCUGCUGCCGAGGAGCAUAACGAAGAAGAGGUGUCCGUCAAAGAAGUGAAGCCCGUCAGUUCUGGAUUCGGACGUAACAAGCCUCGCAAUCGUUUCAACCUCCGUGGCAGUACCACUACCUCAGCCCCCUCAGCUAAAGACGAUGACGAUGCUCAGGAAGAGACCGUCUCCAGCACCACUGCUCGCGCUGUUCGCGGCCGUCCCACCUUGAACUUGCGUGGUCGCAGCCGCACAACCACCAGCAAACCAGCCCCCGCCGAGGCCGAUGCUGCCAAUGACAGUGAAAACACUGUAGAUGACAAGUCAGCCACACCCGCUGCUGCACCCACGAAGGCGUCCCGUUUCAACAUCAACCGCUCGCCCGGCGGCCGCUUGCCAGGUCGUGGUAAGCUUGCACGCACCACAACCGAAGCUCCAGCCGCUUCCGACGACUCGGCGGCCGACAGCAGUCAUCACAACGACGUCAAGGGCGAGGGAGAGGAAUCGGCUGACAAGCCCGCUGAGGAGAAACCCUCUGCCAACUUGGGUGGUCUCAAUCGCCUCAAAUCUCGCCCACGCCUAGGUGGUGCCCACCCCAAGACUGAUGCUCUCAAGCCAAAGGCAGCUCCUGCUCCACCACGCAAAGUCAAUCCAUUGCUUGCCAAGAAGCGUGUGCUAAGCACAACAACGACAGAAGCAACAGCUGAAGAUGAUGCUGCAUCGUCGGAAGAUGGCGACUCCAAUGAGGAACAUGCUGCUGCCGAUGCCAAUGAGGAGCAGAAAGAAGAGGCUCCCGCAGAACCAGAAACCACAACAAAACAGCAGCCACGCGGUCUGGGUCUCCUGGGCCAGAGAAGGCCCCUGCGAAAGCCAGGCACCCUAUUGUAAAUAAUCUCACGCUCACCCUGAGCACCCAAAACCACUACUAAAUGCUCAUGCCUGUCUUAAAUACUUUUACUCUUACUUUGUAUGUAUGUAUGUAUGUAUUUUUAUAUUAUUAAUUAUGCCUCCACCUCCGUCACGCCCAUCCCCUCCCUUGCCUCUAUUAAGCCACCACUCACGUCUCGAGUGUGCCAAUGAUCCAUGGUGAUGUCUGUGGCCAGUGCUCGAUUCAACUCAGAAAUCCGCACCACCGCCAGAGACAGACGACGAAGUUCUGGACACAUUCUCCGCCUUUCCGAACUAAAUGUUUGAAUAUUUUAUUACGUUAAGUCGCUUAAAUUAGGUACGAAAUAUGAAUCCCUAAAUUGUCCUUUGUACGUUUUCGAUAUGCCACGUUAUGCGAGUGGGCGCGGACAAUCCGCGGUGCACUUGUCUUGUAAAAAGUUUGUUAUAAAAUUUAUUUUGAUUAAUAAAAAAUAAAAACUAAAAUACACAAAUUAAAA